AUCAAAGAAAUCUCUCACUUGCACGUGAUAUGUUACCUGACGAUCUCCCUCGUCAAAAAAAAUAGAGCAACUCAUUUGCACAUCUAGAACCGCUGUUUAUCGACUGAAGGGCACACAUCCCAAGUGACUAUGUCAUUCCAACCGACUCCGUCGGAUGUUUCUGUCCUCAUUACCACGCCUACAGCAAGUGCCAAUUCUGAUCCACACUUCGUCACGGAGCGUCGAAUAACUCCAACAUGGACCGUUGUUCAAUUAAAGUCAAAGUUGGAAACGAUGACAGGGAUACCCCCUGGUAGUCAGAGCUUGAAAUUGAAGACACCAGGGUGCGCUGACCAAUGGUUUGACGGUGAUGAGAACAUUAUCGGUGAUUGGGGGUUGAGAAAGGGCUGUGAGAUCGAGGUUCAUGAUUCCCGCCCUCCUUCAGCACGGCCGAACUUUCAUGAUCUAUCCUCUGUUGAAAAAUACGUUCUUCCUGCGACCACCUAUGAAUCCCUACCAAAUUCAGUAUUGGCGUGGAAAAAGCACCAGAAACUUGGUCGGUUUGACCCAAAUGUACUAUCGCCGUACGAAUCGGCUCGCAAGCAAGCAGAACAAGAUGCCGAGGAUAUCAGGAGUCGAGGUAUCGCGGUUUCCAAACGUGCGAUUAUUCACCCGUCCUCUCCGCCACAUGUCCGACGAGGAAUUAUCCGCUUUGUUGGACCGGUGCCAUCCAUCCCCUAUCCCGGGAUAGAAACUAGAGAUGCCGACUCUAGUGCUUUGCCUAUCUGGGUGGGAAUCGAACUCGAUGAGCCAACUGGUAAGAACGAUGGCAGCGUAGGCGGAAAGCGCUAUUUUACUUGCCCUAACAAGGCCGGUAUUUUUGUGAAACCCGAAAAGGUUGAGGUAGGGGAAUUCCCGCCUUUGGGACUGGACGAUUUAGAGGACGAGACGAUGGAGGAAAUAUAAUCGAGGCUAGGAGGCCUUUGGGGGUUAAAUCGUAUUCAUAUAAUAUCAUUCAAAACAUGCCAGUGAAACCUCACAAACAGAGUCCGUGCUCGCAUAUAUUGCUAUUAGGGAUUGAGAGAUGACAGAAGGAAUAAAAUGAGGAAAAUGAGAAACACCGACAGCCCAGUAUUCAUUCAAGAGGAUCGCUAAGCCCAACAAGAUCGACGCCUAUGACAGACGCAAAAAUGAGAAACACAGAUGAGAAAAUAAAAAGCCAAUGCUACAUUCACAUGAAGUUGGGAGAAAUGAAGGAAGAUAGGCA